AUGAUUUGGAGUUGGCUGAAUAAGAGUGAAGAUUUGUGUGGAGGCCCAAUCGUUGACCUCAUCGGCGCCAGAUUCUUCUACAAGGGUUUCGAGGCAGAGAUCGAUAAAUCACAUGAUUUCAAAUUACCUAGGGACUCCGAUGGCCACGAGACACACACUUCCUCAACCGCAGCUGGUUCUUCAGUGAAAGACGCUUCCUUCUUGGGAUACGCUGCUGGAGUGGCUCGUAGAAUGGCUCCACGGACUCGGAGUGCGAUAUACAAAGCAUGUUGGUAUUUCGGGUAUUGCAUGUCGUCUGAUGUCUUAGCAGCCAUGGAUAAGGCCAUCGAAGACAAGGUCGAUGUCUUGUCCAUCUCAUUUGGGUUAGGCGUGUUGAACUAUGACCAAGACGGUAUUGCUAUUGAAGCAUUAGAAGCAGUGGAGAGAGGAAUUUUUGUCUCCGUCUCUGCGGGAAACUCUGGUUCAAGAGAAUCAACACUGAUGAAUGUAGCUCCUUGGAUCACCACAGUUGGAGCGGAAACCGUGGAUAGUGAUUUCCUUGCGACUGUCCUCCUUGGAAACGGCAAAGCUUUUGCAGGAUACUCAUCGUUGUUCAAACGGUGUCGUAGAGUUUUCACCAUUAGCCAAGCCCCUUUGGUUUAUGCGCUACUUGGCAGGAAUUUCACUAGUAAAAUCGUGUUCGUCGAUAUGGGAGGAGACGUCGAUGCUGAAUCUGGUGCGUUUGGGGUUAUCUACGCGAACACG